AUAGUUUAGCACGCUAGAAGUAAGCACUGAGCAUAAGCAGCUACUGGCAUCUACAAUACAAGAAAAAGGUCCAUCCAAAAAACGUUCAUGUCCCCCCGUAUCGCAAUCAUCUUCGGCGCUGGACCCGGUCUCGGCGCCGCCGUGGCAUCCGCCUUCUCUCCCUCACACUCCCUCGUCCUCUUAUCCCGAUCCCUCCCGGGAUCCUUGCCCAAACUUAAGCUGGCAGUCCCGGACGAUCAGAUCCUUGCUUUGUCCUCUGAUGGAAGUCUCAACUCCAUGCAAGUGGCAGUGGAGGCUAUGAAGAAAAAGUGGCCUUCAGGGGUUGUGGAUGUCGGAGUGUAUAACAUGGGUGGGGGAUAUAAUCCUCAGUCUUUUCUCAAGUACGAAACUAAAGAUUUGAUGUCUGGGCUAGAAGGGGGAGUCAUCUACGCAUUCUCCUUUGCUCAAAUCAUGAUGCCCCUUCUUCUCAAACAAGGAGGUUCCCUAAUCUUCACAGGCGCUACUAUGUCCCUUCGAGGCGGCGCCGACUUUUCCGCUCAAGCACCAGGCAUGUUCGCCCGUCGUGCCCUUUCGCAGUCACUCGCAAGGGAAUUCGGACCUCAAGGAGUUCAUGUUUCUCAUGUGAUAUUGGAUGGGUUGAUAGAUACGCCUCGAAUUCAAGAUUGGGCAGGUGAGGAUAAGGAGAACACUAGACUAAAGCCAGAGGAUAUCGCGCAGCAAUAUGUCAUGCUCGCAAACCAACCAAAGUCGGCGUGGACGCAGGAGCUCGAUUUGAGACCUUUCUGUGAGAAGUUUUGACCUCGAAGAGAUGCUUGAAGCGAGAAGGAGAGACUCAUACCAUAUAUGUCGUUGAAUCGUUGACUUGGUGUGAACUUUGAGAUGCCCUAUGUAUCCUAUGCAAUCACUUUCCAUGAUUCAUGAAUGAAAGCCUGUACAG